GCCAGAAGACAAAAGUAGAGCCACCGCAUCUGUUGGUUCAAUAGCCUGCCGUGUUGGUUGGUUGGCUCAAGUCAACUGACUGACUAGUUUUUCUACUUUUGCACUAGCAGUCCAGUCUCUAUAAUCCUUGUGCUGUGUUGGUUGUUUUUGCGUCCUGGAAUUUUAUUGUCGGGUUGAGGAGGCCGGACCUCUUUCGUUACCGGCUUUGAAAGUUAAAAGAGAUAUCCGUCGUCCACACCAUUUAGUACUCGGUAAUUUCUCACUUAUAUAGCAAUCAGGAAAGGGACGUCAUGUGUCAAAAAUCCUGAAGACGUGUGUGUAUGCACUUUUAUUGAGAAAAUCAGCUGCACUACUAUGUUAAUCAUCAGACCUGGUUAGAUAAUAAUGUCUGGAUUAAGGCAGAUUGCUACGGAACCAGAAAGUUUGGAUUCCAAGGCUCUGGACGGGAAAAUGGAAAGAAGCCCCCGAUUGAGACAUCACACUAAAUCACACAGUGAAAGGAUCUCUGACUCUGAACUGAGCACUGAGACCAAUAGUCUUUCUGCUGAAUCAAACAAUGAAAAUGGCAGAUCACCUGUCAAAUCAACACCAUCUGGAUUGGACCUACACCAGCAAGUCAAAACAAAGCAAAGAAGACGUGGGGCAGAAUGGGAAAUCAUUGAUAGCUUCAAGAAUCUCCAAGGUGGGGAUCAAGUACCCAGUAAGCUUGAAGGAGUUCUUCUUAAAAAACGUAAAUGGCCCUUGAAAGGAUGGCACAAGAGAUAUUUUGUUCUAGACAAAGGCAGUUUAAUGUACGCAAAGCGUUCAGCUGAUUUAGCUCGUGGCAAACCCCACGGCUCUGUUGAUUUAGGGUUAUCAGUCAUCUCGGCUAAGAGACGUCGAUGUCGCAUCGACAUUGACGCAGAAGUAUUUAUCUACCAUAUCAAGGUGAAAUCGCGAGAAGAAUUUGGACAAUGGUUAGAAGCAUUGAAAGAACACCGUCAAUUUCGUCAGCAGCAAUUGCAAAGCCGAGAAGCGGCUCAGAAGAUGGUGGCGUCUCCGGUGCUUUCUCCUUGUAAUCGAGAUGAGAUGAGCCCUACAGGAGUUGGCGGCCUUCAUGUAUCAACCAGUUUCGGCACAGCAGAAAGUUUGAUGCCCAUGUCACGUGAAGGCUCAUUGAUGCGAAACCUAAAACCAUCGAGGGCUAAUAUGCUGUUGAGCGAAAGUUCUGCAGCAUUGGAGCAACUGAACAAUGACAUCGUUUCCGCACAGGAGAGACUCAUUCAUCUGGUUAAGUGUGCUGGGGCAUGGAGCCAUUCGUCCGAUAGUCAAUCGACGACUGGAAAUAUUUCACCGGCCACCAAGAAAGAUAGAAAAAAGUUUGUUUUGCGACGCAAAAAGAACAAAUCUAAUACGAGCACCAACUCUGCUGAGCCACCUGCUUCUGCUUCCAUGUCCGAAUCCGAGUCGGCAAAUAUCAACGUUGCACUUAACGAUAAGCACUCUCCACUGAGUUGUAGCAUCCCAUCCCUCUCGCCAUCGAUAAACGGCUCUUCGGCGACUGAAAUGUUGGCCCCGCCCAUGUCCGAUUGUAACAUGCUCUCGCCAACCGAUCCAGGUCACGAUUUUCUGAAUGGGGCUCAAGAUCUGAUAGGGCGACUCACAACGUGUUUACGCACGCUGAAUCACGAACGAGAGCGUCUCAAGUUGGUCAUCGAAACGGCCACAGAAACGUCGUCGAUUUCUUCUCGUAACGGAGCGACUUUGCAGCGUGACGGUGGCGUUGCAGUUCCUAGCAUGGUCGCCUCACUCCGCUGCGCCCUCCAUAUGGCCGUCCAGCAGAACAACGAAUUGCGUGCCCGCUUGCAGAAAAUCCGGAGCGAAGCCGAAGUGGCCAUCGAGGGCCCCAAUUUAACCAUGUCUCUGGAACUGGAUUUGAACGCUUCAGCCCGACUGGGUCAUCAUUCGCUUUCUUACAGUAGCUCUUGCGUCAGCCAGUCCGAAUUCUUCGAUGCUAAGGAGUAUCUGACGGACGUGGCCGCCAGCGAUUCAUCUUCCGAUGCCAGCGAAACGGAAAUGGAAGGCGAGAAUGAAGCGGAAGAGGAAGGCAGUGUGAGCGAAGCCAGCGAGAUGGGCAACGAAGCGUCCAACGAUCCAGAAUCUCCCGAGCCCGUGGUCAAAUGCACCACUGGCCGCCGAACAAAAUUACCAGCCCCUAAACCCAGUACUGAGGAUCUGAGCUUGUGGAAUUUGAUGAAACGCAAUAUCGGAAAAGACUUGUCUAAAGUCUCUAUGCCUGUUGUUCUCAACGAACCGAUUGGUAUGCUGCAACGGCUCAGCGAAGAAUUAGAGUACAGCGAGUUGCUGGAUAAGGCUUCUGAAACGGAGGACCCUUACGAAAGAAUGGUGCUAAUUGCCGCCUUUGCCGUUUCUGCGUACGGCUCCUCGCACGUCCGCGCCGGCCAUAAACCAUUUAAUCCCCUGCUGGGCGAAACCUACGAAUGCGUUCGAGAGGACAAAGGCUUCAAGUACAUUAGCGAACAGGUGAGUCAUCAUCCGCCUAUCAGCGCCUGUUACGCGUCUUCCGAAAAUUUCGAGUUUUGGCAGGAUAUUCGAAUCAAAACAAAAUUUUGGGGCAAGUCGAUGGAAUUCCAGCCGUUGGGAACGGUAAAUGUUCGACUUCCGAGAUACGAGGAUCAUUAUCGGUGGAACAAGGUGACCACCUGCGUUCACAAUCUGUUUGGCGGCCAACGUUGGGUUGACCAAUACGGUGACCUCAUCAUUACCAACAACAAGGGCAUUCGUUGCAAGCUGAAUUUCGCUAAAGCCUCGUAUUGGUCGUCUAAUCGUUACGAAGUUGUUGGCUCCGUCACCGACCCCGACGGCAAACUCGUCCACCAUUUGUUUGGCAAAUGGUGCGAAGGUCUGUACUGCGGAGUGGCGCCAUCAGCUCGUUGCGUCUGGCGACCCGGUGCACUUCCCGAAGAUCACGAGCACUAUUACGGCUUUUCACGUUUCGCCAUUGAACUGAACGAUCUGGAGCUGUCUCUGGUGGACGUACUCCCAUCGACCGACAGCCGAUUCCGUCCGGAUCAGCGCCUGCUGGAAGAAGGUAACGUCCCAGGUGCCGAGGCUUCCAAGUUGCAACUGGAGCAAGCGCAGCGCGAGCGUCGCAUUACCAACGAGCAACGAGGCAUCAAGCACCAACCCAGGUGGUUUAGAUGCACUGCGUCGGACAGCGUCGCCGACGAAGACGGCGAAAAAUGGGAGUUUGCCCACACGUACUGGGACGCUAGGGCUCAGUCGAAAUUUCGAGACAUGAACCUUAUCCGCCUCUGGUAGUUUAUUUGAUAAACAAAAGCAAAACAAUCAGUAGAUAGGCUCUAAAGUGUGUUGUUUUGAUCUUUUAUUUUAUUUUUUU